CAAAGCCUUCUUCACCUGUCACCCACCUCCUCUCUCACUCUCCAUUUCUCGAUCACAUCACACCAAGACAUUCGAUCUCGAGAAAGUGAAGCGAGAUCUAGAGAUGGAAACUACAUUCUAUUCUCCUGAACGAAGCUUGGCGUCCAAGAAAGAAGAACUUUUCUCAGAGAAAAUCCAGAAGAGGACUGCGAUAGCUGGAAUCACAUGGCUAGCUCAGAGAAAAUUGGAGCCACGGACGAGGAGAAGAUCGUCGAUGCAUACACUCAAGCCGAAGUGUUCCUCCAUGAAGGUGAUUACGUGAAGGUGUUGGAGAUAACAGAGGCAACCAUCUCCGUUCACGGCGCGAAUCCAUCGUGCUAUCGCCACCAUCUUCUCCAAGGCGAUAGUAUGAUGGAUUCAAAACUGUGUACCUGUUUGAAACCGAGUAAGCAUCAACGCACGCAAACGAUACUCUUCGGUGGAGAAAGUGGAAAUGCCGCAUCUGUCCACAAGUCAAUUACUGCUUGGUAGACUGUACAUGGCACAUUCUAGAGACGCAUGUCCAAAAGUUUCAACCUCGAAGCAGUUCCCGUCCUAGGCGUUUGGAUGAGUGUUUUGCUAGCAUGAUACGUUGUGGGAAUUGGGAGCCUGUGGAUACAGCGGAGGCAAUAAAUCUGAUCAAAGACAAAUUUGAGCGCAAGGAAAAGCUUGUUUAUGUGAAUGGGUGGUCUUGUGAUUGGCCUAUAGCGACUGAUGAGACGCGGAAAGACAUGCUCAGACAGUUCGGUCAUGUUCUCAAAGAUUAUUCUGAAAACGAUAUUAUGCCACGCAGCGUUUGGGAUUGGUUGAUGGUUUAUGCAGAGGAGAAUGUGAAACUGCCUGAAGUUCCUGGGGACUACCUUGAAAAAUGCAAAUUCUUCAAGAGCCCUCAAUGUCUCUGCUUUCUAGAAGAGAAGAACAUUGAAUACCUUCUGGAAUAUGUUAGAGAGCUAAGCACAGAUCUUCGCACAGGUUUGGUUUCGAAAGUGGUUGAUGGGUUAUGGGUAAAGUCGCUGGUGAAGGAAAGAAUCGAUAUUCAGAGAGUUGGUUUUAAUCUGCUUCUAGAUGAGAGGCUACUGUUUGAAGGAGAGCAUCGUGAUUAUGAUGACGUAGGGACAGUAAAGACUUUCAAGUCCAGUGGAAUUUAUGACCAUGUGAUACCUAAGGGUGAUGAGAUUGUCUCUUGGCUUCUAGACUGCCCACCAAUCGAUGCAGAGUUCGUGUCCCAAGUGGCAGAGGGUACACAGAAUCUUGAAAUAUGGUUAGCAGCAUUGAGAAUAGUGCGUUCCACAGCUAGGAAAGAAGAAAGCUACUACACUAAGAGAGACAAGCUGCUAACGUAUGAUAAGAUGUUGGGUGAAGCUGAAGCCCUUUGUGACAAAGACGACAAGUGGAGGAAUGCUUAUCAGAGGAGCAGAUAUGCGUUGGUGCUUAGACGUAAGUGUGAGAAGCGUUGUUUUGUCAGUGUGGUAAAGGAUAUUCUUGAAGGAGCUGCUACUCCAAGAUUUGGAGAAUUAGAUGACAAAGAAUUCACGGAUGGUACAUCCGAGCUCUUUACUACUGUACAGAAUGAUGCAGUCAGAAGAAAUCUGUGGAAGCUCAGAAACUCACUUAACAACAAGGUCAUUUCCAUUGAUGCGAAGAUUUUGCUGAACGAGUGGACGUACAAGAAGCUACACGAAUUUGCAAGACUAUCAGUCAUUGAGAACCGAUUAGUGGUUAUUCCCUUUGUGAAGCUCUAUUUACAGGAUAAACUGAGGAGUAUGCUGAAAACGCAUAAGAGAAAGAUUACAACAGGUGCAGGAGCUUCUGCUAAGAAGGCACAUAGAUAAAUGAGUUUUUAAUGCAGGGCUACUCUUUUGGAGGCUCAUUCGUACAAAUGGAGAAAUGUUUUGAAUAGGAAUGUUUGAGAAGAUGGUCUUUUAUGUUUUGCUUAAACUUUGAAUCUGAGACGUUCUAGUUUGUUCCAGGAUGAGAUGCAUACAAUGUUUGUGUUUGUGGAGGGAAAGUUUGAGGACAUAGACAUA